AUGACCACCAACUCAAUCCCGCUCAGCCUCCUCACCUGGAAACGCCAGAACCCACCCAAAUCCCCAGGCUUCGACUGGGAAAUGUACCGUUACACCCCUUCCCUCGCAGGAGCUAUACUCUGCAUCGUUGUCUUCGCAAUCAUGACAUCUCUCCACCUACUCCGCUUCUUUCGAUCCAAAAACCGUAUUAUUGUUUUUCUUGUCAUUGGCGCUUUAUGCGAAGUAGGAGGCUACAGCGCACGCAUCGCUUCGCACUUUGACAAUCAAGCUUGGGCCCCGUUUAUCACGCAGGGUGUUUUGUUGCUGAUUGGACCGCUGUGGUUCGCGGCGACGGUGUAUAUGAUGCUGGGCCGUACGAUUCGGCUUGCGGGUGCAGAGGAGAUUGUGGGUGGGAGGGCGAGGUGGUAUACUAGGGGGUUUGUGACGGCGGAUGUUACGACGUUGGUUGUGCAGGGGUUGGGUGCUAGUAUCAUGGGUACGAUGCAACUUUCGCUCGCUAUAGCGGGGGAAAAGAUUGUUAUUGCGGGGCUUGCGCUGCAAGUUGCUACUUUUAUGGUUUUUCUCGUUGCAGCGGGGGAUUUUCACCUAAGGAUGAAGAGGCAUGUUGCUGGUGCUUCUGGACCUGUGGUCGAUACGCCAUGGGAGAGGAUGCUGUAUAUUCUUUACAGUGUCAGUGCACUCAUUCUCUUGCGCUGUGUGUUCAGGCUGAUCGAAUAUUCGAUGGGGAACGCGGCAUAUCUCAUUGCGCAUGAGUGGACGCUGUACUGUUUUGAUGCGGUACCGAUGUUUCUGGUAGUGGUGUUAUUGCUAUUGUUUGAGCCUCCACGGUAUGUAACACAGGCUGAGAAGGUGCAAGCACAGAUCGAUUGCGAGGCUAGAGAGGUAAAGUAA